GCGAGCACGGAGAGGACACCAGCCAGCCGGGCAGAAACGAUCAUGCGCGGCCCGACCUUCUUCCUCGUGGGUCUCACCCUGGUGUCGUCCGUGCUAGGUCGCGCCCCAGCACUCCGGAGCGGAUGGGGAAUGGCGCGAGACACGAUGCCCCUGUCCUGUCCUCAAACACCACCAACUUGCCCCAGGUGUUACAGCGUACCGACCAAGGAACUCCUGGACAGCGUCUGCUCUAAGGACUACGUUGUUCGCGUUGUAUCUGCGAACAGUUUGAAGACCGAGGGCACCCGUGCAUGUGGACAGCUGCAAGUGAGGUCAGCAGGACGCGGCCAGCUUGUGGACUUCAGCAGCGUUCUUCAUGCAUCGCUGCGCAGGGACUGCGACUGUGAACCCGUGCUCAAGCGAACGGGACAGUUCUACAUCUUGGCCAAGAGGUCGAACUUCCAAGGCGAUGUGAAGCUCUCUAAGCUCAGCCUGGACGAAAAUGUUGCUGUGCUGAGUUACAACUACAGAAACGCACGUCCACUACACAGUGCAUUGAAGAGAUGUCCUCCAUUGGAAGCCGAUAAACGUAGUGACUCAUACGCUGCCGGAAGCUCUGGAGGAGGAAGCUAUGGAGCUGGCCAAGAGACCGCUACCCUGGUCAGCGUCAGCACUUACAAGGUCGUCGUUCCAAGCCAGUCCUACAGCAAGAGCUAUCCAGCUCCAAGCUAUGCGGCACCGUAUGCUGCUCCAAGCUAUGCCUAUCCAGCCCCAAGCUAUCCUGCCGCAAGUUACCCCGCUCCUAGCUACCCUGCACCAAGCUACGAAGCCUCCUACGCGCCACCAAGCUAUGGUGCUUCAUACCCCGUUGCAAGCUAUCCCGCUCCCAGCUACGAAGCAUCCUAUGCCCCACCAAGUUACGGCGCAUCGUACCCUGCCCCAAGCUAUCCAGCCCCAAGUUACCCCGCUCCAAGCUAUCCUGCCCCGAGCUACGGUGCCUCCUAUGCUCCACCAAGUUACGCAGCCCCUGCUCCAGCCUAUCCCGCUCCAAGCUACGAGGCAUCGUAUGUACCUCCCAGUUACGGCGCCUCUUAUGCUCCGCCCAGUUACGGCGCAUCUUAUGCUCCACCCAGCUACGGUGCGUCGUAUGCUCCUCCAAGUUACGGGGCCCCUGCACCAGCCUAUCCAGCUCCAAGCUACGAGGCAUCUUAUGCGCCACCCAGUUACGGCGCGUCUUAUGCUCCACCAAGUUACGGAGCCCCUGCUCCAGCCUAUCCAGCUCCAAGCUACGAGGCAUCUUAUGCGCCACCCAGUUACGGCGCGUCUUAUGCUCCACCAAGUUACGGAGCCCCUGCUCCAGCCUAUCCAGCUCCAAGCUACGAGGCAUCUUAUGCGCCACCCAGUUACGGCGCGUCUUAUGCGCCACCAAGUUACGGAGCCCCUGCUCCAGCCUAUCCCGCUCCAAGCUACGAGGCAUCUUAUGCGCCACCCAGUUACGGCGCGUCUUAUGCGCCACCAAGUUACGGAGCCCCUGCUCCAGCCUAUCCCGCUCCAAGCUACGAGGCAUCUUAUGCGCCACCCAGUUACGGCGCGUCUUAUGCACCACCAAGUUACGGAGCCCCUGCUCCAGCCUAUCCCGCUCCAAGCUACGAGGCAUCUUAUGCGCCACCCAGUUACAGCGCGUCUUAUGCUCCACCAAGUUACGGAGCCCCUGCUCCAGCAUAUCCCGCUCCAAGCUAUGAGGCAUCUUAUGCGCCACCGAGUUACGGCAUGUCUUAUGCUCCACCAAGUUACGGGGCCCCUGCACCAGCCUAUCCUGCUCCAAGCUACGAGGCAUCUUAUGCGCCACCCAGUUACGGCGCGUCUUAUGCUCCACCAAGUUACGCAGCCCCUGCCCCAGCCUAUCCCGCUCCAAGCUACGAGGCACCUUAUGCGCCACCCAGUUACGGCGCGUCUUAUGCUCCACCAAGUUACGGAGCCCCUGCUCCAGCCUAUCCCGCUCCAAGCUACGAGGCAUCUUAUGCGCCACCCAGUUACGGCGCGUCUUAUGCUCCACCAAGCUACGGAGCCCCUGCUCCAGCCUAUCCCGCUCCAAGCUACGAGGCAUCUUAUGCGCCACCCAGUUACGGCGCGUCUUAUGCUCCACCAAGUUACGGGGCCCCUGCUCCAGCCUAUCCCGCUCCAAGCUACGAGGCAUCUUAUGCGCCACCCAGCUACGGCGCGUCUUAUGCUCCACCAAGUUACGCAGCCCCUGCUCCAGCCUAUCCCGCUCCAAGCUAUGAGGCAUCAUAUGCGCCACCCAGUUACAGCGCGUCUUAUGCUCCACCAAGUUACGGGGCCCCUGCUCCAGCAUAUCCCGCUCCAAGCUAUGAGGCAUCUUAUGCGCCACCGAGUUACGGCAUGUCUUAUGCUCCACCAAGUUACGGAGCCCCUGCACCAGCCUAUCCUGCUCCAAGCUAUGAGGCAUCAUAUGCGCCACCCAGUUACGGCGCGUCUUAUGCUCCACCAAGUUACGGAGCCCCUGCUCCAAGCUACGAGGCAUCUUAUGCUCCACCAAGUUAUGGUGGAUCUUAUGCACCACCGAUGUACAGCGCACCCUACCCUGCUCCGAGCUAUGGUGCCUCCUAUGCCCCUCCAAGCUACGGAGCAUCUUACGCACCUCCAAGUUAUGGUGCAUCCUAUCCUGCCCCAAGCUAUCCCGCGCCGAGCUACAGUGCUUCCUACGCCCCUCCAAGCUAUGGCGCCUCUUACGCACCGCCAAGCUAUGGCGCAUCCUACCCUGCUCCAAGCUAUCCCGCUCCAAGUUACCCCGCCCCGAGCUACCCUGCCCCGAGGUAUCCUGCUCCAAGCUACCCUGCCCCAAGCUACUCCGCCCCUACCUACGGAGCAUCUUACGCGACACCAAGCUACCCUGUAUAUCAUGCCACUCCGACCUAUGGCGCGUCGUACCCAGCUAUGGCCUACGGUACAUCCUAUGCUCCGUCAAGCUAUCCAAUGCAGGGAGCUUAUGCUCCGGCUACUACUUUUACUCCAGUGCUCCGCCCAAGUCAUGUUGUAUCUUAUGUCCCAGCCAAGUAUGUUCACGACGACGGUUAUGCUGCUAGCUACGCCGCUGAAGGAUGCCUGGAGACAGCUUCUACAAUCAACUAUGAUCCAACAUAUGUUCCGGCCCCCGCGACUCAAAAGCAGAAGAAAGUUGUAAAGCAUUAUCCAGCAACACAUCGUCCACAUAAGCCACGGCCCUACUACGCAUGAAGCAAGCCUGACACUGGCACUGACAGCAAUAAAAAGCUUCAAGAAAUGCCGUAGCCCCCGUGCAGCGUGAAAAACUGUUGAGGCUUUCAAAACACCUUGCACUGGGGCUUGUACAUAUCUUUCUAGCAUUUCGCAGACAAUUUCUGGGUGUGGUUACCAGGGCAGUCCCUCGGGCAUUACGACGAGUGAUAGUGACCAUUGGAUGCGAAAAAUAAAUUGUCAUUCUUCGCA